ACAGUGAUGUGUGGCGUAGACAUUGGCGUGAACAUGAACGGCCCGCUGGAGCAGGGUUGAGUCCUAAGAGACGGCAGCAGGCGGGAGUAGUGGCAGCACAUCAACAGCGUGGACACCAACUGGGAUGCCUACUGCUGGUUGGCAAGACAACGAAAACAUGAUGGAGAUUGCUGAGAAUACUGGCGCACAAACACCAAUAAAGCCACAGCAGCCUCAGCAGGGUGUGCCGACCCCGUCGGAACACCAAACCGAGCUGGACGAGGAUGCGACCGAGUCGGCCGCCGCCAACUACUACCAGUCCGACUUCAGGCAGGCGUUCGGCGGCGGCGGCGGCGGCGUGCUAGACGGCUACGGCCCGCCGUCCGGCUACGGCGGGUCGGCCGGGCCGUACCGGCCGGCGGAGCGGGCGCUGCACGAGGAUCCGUACAGCUUCACGGACGACUUCAGCGAGCCGGGGGAGCGCUAG